GACGAGUUGCCCCUCGCCAUUCGGGUCUGUUUGUAGCGACAACGGGAGAAACGCGGUGUGCUGCAGGGCGGGCUUUUAGGAAACUCUUGGAUUUUUUUUUAAGAAUCUGUGACCAACUAACUGCUGCAUUAUCUGGAUCAGUCUGGUUUGAGUAAUAUUCUAAGGAGCAUUUAACAUUCCUCGAUCCGUUCCCGAGCUAUGUCCAUGUCUGUUACCGUGCGGCUGGCCUGGCAUGGCGGGUCGCGUGUGUGCCGCAGGAUGGUUCUAAACAGAGUCCACCUUUUUCAGGAUAAGUUUGUGCGAUCGCUGCACAGCCCAUCAUGUUCCCGUCCCAGCAAUUCACGCUUUGACCCAGACAGCAGUGGACGCCCCACCACCUGGGACUCUUUCGGGAUUUGGGACAAUCGCAUCGAUGAACCGAUAAUGCUUCCUUCCAGCAUCCGCUACGGCAAACCCAUCCCCAAAGUCAGCCUGUCGAGGGUGGGCUGCGCAUCGCAGAUCGGGCAACGCAAAGAGAACGAGGACCGUUAUCAAGUGUCGCAAAUGACCGACAACAUCCUUUACUUUGCUGUGUUCGACGGCCAUGGCGGCGCACAGGCUGCUGACUUUUGCCAUAAGUACAUGGAGCAGCAUAUUAAAGAGCUGGUGACAAAAGAGGACAACCUAGAGGUCGUCCUGACAAACACGUUCCUAAACAUGGACAAGGAGUUAGCGAAGCACCUUCACGUCAGUGCAGAUGCCUCCGUGGUAGCCACAGGCACCACAGCCACAGUGGCGCUGCUGAGAGACGGCAUCGAACUGGUGGUGGCCAGCGUGGGCGACAGUCGAGCCAUGCUCUGCCGGAAGAGCAAAGCACUUAAACUCACUCUGGACCACACGCCGGAGAGGAAGGAUGAGAAAGAGAGGGUUCGUAAGAGCGGAGGUUUUGUGACAUGGAACAGUCUGGGCCAGCCUCACGUAAACGGGCGACUGGCCAUGACACGGAGCAUCGGGGACUUCGACUUAAAAAACGCAGGCGUCAUUGCUGAACCAGAGACCAAGCGGAUUAUAUUGCAUCAUGUACAUGAUGCUUUCCUCGCACUCACAACAGACGGCAUCAACUUCAUCAUGAACAGCCAGGAGAUCUGUGACGUCAUUAACCAGUGCAACGACCCCAAAGAAGCAGCACAGCGUCUCUCUGAACAGGUCACGCAGUAUGGUGCAGAGGACAACAGCACAGUCAUCGUGGUCCCGUUUGGCGCAUGGGGCAAGCACAAGUGCACGGAUGUGAGCUUCUCCUUCAGUCGCGGCUUUGCGUCCAGUGGCCGUUGGGCGUGAGUGAGUGAAGGCCAGAGAAUGAGAGAGAGAGAGAGAGAGAGAGAGAGGAGGAGGAUGACGGGAUAUUUAAACCUAAUCAUUGGAUCAGUUCAGAGGAGAAUCUCAGAGUGCAAUACGUCCAAGGGUGUUAUGGGAACAGAAAGAAAAGACUUUGUGUAAUUGUGUAAAACUUUGCAUUCAGACGAAGACAUGGUUCGUAACUGGCGAUUUGUGUGACCGGUACUGUAUUGGAAAUGUUCCAGUGUACAUCAGAUCUGGUUUGCUAAGGAGAAGUAGUGCUGUAGUGUCCAGUACAUGUGCAGUAUUUCUGAAACUGAACAAGACCAGUGAUGGCACGUGGCCCAUCGUUUGCCGUAUGAAGGGUUGUUGAGUUUUACCUCAGUAUAUUUUGAAGUGUGCGUAUUUUUAACUGUGAAUAGACUAUUUAGAUAGAGUAGAUUUAUUUUUACUUUUUGGAUUUGCAAGCACAUUUGAUUGGUCAAGGUUAUCACACUUGCACUUUGUCAUGAUGAUUCAUUGUAGUGCUUAUUGGUCAUUUCGAUGCUUGCCUUUUUUUUUUUUUUUUUUUUUCUUUCAUGUGACAGGAUUUGCCAGUGGGAGUGACUCUUCUUCUCUUCUUGCCUUUUUUAGACAUGAGCAUCAUUAUUAAAAUUGUAUUUAUUUUUUUAGAUAUCGAUUAGAUACGACAUGUCUGAUUAUGCAUUAUGCUGCACUGUGCAAGCCAGCAACUUCAUUCCUUAAAUAAUGUUUAAAUAUUGUAUCAUCCCUAGGCCAGAUUUACACUGUACAAGGAUACAUUUGCACUUUUUUUUUUCUUUUUCUUUUGAAGUAACUGGCUAAUAAGGAAAAUGUAGAUGUUUCUGUAUCUGCAUCACAGCCGUAAUGUUCACAUGAUGUUUAAUUCACAUUAAACAUAUAUUGCUGUGUGAAGAGGAAUGAAGAAGGUGAUAAUACACUUAUCCAGUAGCAGCUAAGAAACAGUUGAGCAUCUUAAAGGUGCUUAAUAUUCGAUGACAUUCAUCUAAGCUUUCUGCUACUCAUAUCUAGAAGUUCUGAUACAUGCCUACCCAAACAGCCUGGUGAAAUGGUAAGAUGUGCCAUGGCCCAUUGACAUCCCACUAUUCUGGACCAUAGCUUCAGCUGUAACUGUUCUAAACUGUCUCAUUUCAUGAUAAACUUUUAGUUCCUCUGGACCACUGUUAGCACAAUGUUCUUCUCAUUUAGUGCCUUUUCAAUGGUUAACUCUUCCCAAGCAAGCACAGUGACUUAUGAUUUAAAACACUAAUAUUGACUCCUUAAAAUAUGAACUUAUGGCGUAAACUCUUUUUUAAGACAACAGUCCUAAUGAGUGCAUUUGGUAAAAAAAAAAAUCUGUACAUUUUGUAUAUAUUAAUAUUUAUAUAUUUUGAUGUUCAAAAUAUCUAUAGACAUAUAUACGUUGUAUAGAUGUGCAGAUGUGUCUGGCUUUAUUAAAGCAUAUUUGACUGUAACAUUCACACAGUUCUGGAUUUUGAUCAUUUUAUCUGUAAAGUUAUAUGAUGGAUGUUUAGUACAAACAAGCUUGAUCUUUUUUUUUCCCCAAACUUCCCCAAGUUUCGUUAUUAUUACUAUCAAAUGCACAGAAUCCACAGACAGUAUGUUUUAAAAGACAACUUUUUUUUGUAUCUUUUGUCAUCUUAUAUACAGGUUAUUGAUAAUGAAUUUAACUGGAUUUUGUUUAAUCCAAACCAGACCGGUACCACUUGCCAAAACACAGUCUGAUCUGGACAAACUUUGGACCAUAUUCAGCAACUGAUUACUAUUUUUUUUUUUUUAGCUUUCUGAGUACAUCCCCAAACUCAAUCACAUGUCUAGAGAUCCUUAGGUCGAAAUUCAGACGAUUCCACAGCCAUCAAUGGUUGUUGGAUGGAAACAUCUGGGUUCAGAAACAUGUGUUAGGGCUUCACUUUUCCCAGGUUGUAGCUGUUUUAUGAUAGUGAAGAGAUGGAUACUGACUGGGAAUUGACCAAGACCAAAUUUGGUAGUAAUCAUGCGUUUUAGCAACACCUACACUGUCAGAUAAGUAACAAAGCAGACAACGCACAUGGUCCUCAUAGUUGUUUUGGCAGCUGGUACCUUUUUAGACCAAGCUGGAUUUUACAAUGAAACAGUUUUGCUGUUCUUGUUUCCUCUCUGAACACUUGGUAUUUUAUAUAUAAAAUGUGUGUGUGUAUGUAUGUAUA